AUGUCCGUGAGUCUAGAUGGCUCAAUUCCAUAUACAAGUCAGGAAAUCAAAAAUGAGACAAAAACUUGUUUAAUAUGUGGAGAGCCGUCAGCUGGAAAACACUAUGGUGUUGUUUCUUGUUUGGGAUGUAAAACAUUUUUCAGAAGGGCCGUUGUCCAAAAGCAGACGACAGCUUGUCGUCGCGAACCUUCUUGUGAAGUUUACAAACGCUCACGAAGAUCAUGUAGAGGAUGUAGAUAUAAAAGAUGUAUGGAAGUUGGUAUGACCAAAGAAGCCCUGCAACCUCGACGAGAUUUGAUUGGCUGUCGUCGCAUAAACUAUAGACUGACUUCCACCUUAGGCACCAUGGUUCCUACAACUGAGUCGGAUGAACUUCUGACUAUAAUUUCUAGGUUGACAUUAAUGGAUGAACAUAUAAGAACAAAAAAAUACGAAAUAGUGAAAGCCAAAAAGAGCGCUCUGAAUCUAUCCCUCAGUAAGAAGAACUGUGAUAUUGAUAAACAAUCUCGUUUGAUGAUCGUUCUCGCUAGUGACAUAUCUAAUGUAACACAGACAGAGUUCUUAUCAAUGUUUGAGUGGAUCAAAUCCUUGCCCUGCUACAGCACAAUCUCUGCAGAAGAUCGAAUAACUAUCAUAAAGAGGUACGCCGUCUAUCAUCUGGUGUUAGAACACGGAUACUAUACUGCGAAUGCGAAUGUUGACGACGUUUGGCUUAUUUCGGAUGGAACUUGUAUGCCUCGCAACUUCGACGUUCUACCUGAAGAAAGCAAAAUUUCCAUAUCAGCUGAUCGUAAGUGGAGACAAGAGAAAUUGUACAAACAAAUGACUGACAGUUGCAUAGACGGAGUUGCCAGUCCAUUCAGAAAAUUGAUGUUGUCUACUCAAGAGUUGGUAGCGCUGAAAAUAAUAAUGUUAUUCAAUUAUGGUCGUCAUUCGGAGUAUUCGGACAUAUCUGAAAGCACGCGAAAAAUAGUUCUUAUGUUUAGAGAUAAAGUGAUUCACUCUCUCUUUGCUCAUUACAAACAAUUAGGGAUCAUUGAUUAUGCAGAAAGAUUCGGCAAUGUGAUUCUCAUGAUAUCAGGAAUCAUAUCAGCGGCUUCAGCUAUGCUAGAAAGUUAUCAGGUUAUGCGGCUAUUCAAAAUCGUCUCAUUCGACCACAUAUCUCAAGAACUUCUCUUCAACAGUUGA